AUGGGAGUCAGUCUCUCUGAGGAGUCAGUCGCUAAGGUUGUCUCACUGUGUGUGUGUGUGUUUGUGUCUCAGACAGGGAAGGUAGACCCUCACAGCCCCAGGGUGUCGGGCCACAGGGGAAACGUCCUGGACAUCAAGUGGAACCCUUUUAACGACUACUGCAUAGCUUCCUGCUCCGAGGAUGCUACGGUGAAGAUCUGGGACAUCCCGUGUAAGGGUCUGCAGAGGAACCUGACGGUGGCCAGGAAGGAGCUGCAGGGACACUCUCGCAGGGUGGGACUGGUGGAGUGGCACCCCACGGCCAGCAACAUCCUGUUCAGCACCGCCUACGACUACCAGGUGAUGGUGUGGAACCUGGAUGGGCCUGAGCUGGUGCUGAAACACCCCGUGAGGACCAUCAGUCUGCACACAGAUGUGGUGCUGUCUCUGGCCUUCAGCCCUGACGGCAGACGCAUGGCCACCUGCUGCAAGGACAAGAAGAUCCGGAUCAUAGACCCACGCUCUGGAACUCUGCUGCAGGAGGCCAACUGUAAGACUCACCGGGCCAGUAAGGUUCUGUUCCUGGGGAACAUGAAGAUGGUGCUGACCUCCGGCGGGUCCCGGUGGAACCACAGGCAGAUCGCCCUCUGGGACCAGGAGGACCUGUCUGUUCCCUUACUGCAACAUGACCUGGACGGAUCGUCAGGAGUGCUGUUCCCCUUCUACGACCCCGACACACACAUGUUGUACAUCGCGGGCAAGGGUGAUGGUAAUAUCAGGUACUAUGAGAUCAGCUCUGAGAAACCCUACAUGCACUUCCUCACAGAGUAUCGCUCCCUGCUUCCCCAGAAGGGGAUGGGCGUGAUGCCUAAGAGAGGGCUGGACGUGAACUCCUGUGAGGUGUUCAGGUUCUACAAGCUCGUCACCAUCAAGAGUCUGAUCGAACCUCUGUCCAUGAUCGUACCUCGCAGGUCGGAGUCAUACCAGGAGGACAUCUACCCCAUGACAGCAGGGAACCAGCCAGCCCUGACCGCAGAGGACUGGCUCAGUGGCAUCGACAAAGGCCCCGUCCUGAUGUCCCUGAAGCCUGGGACUCGAGUAGCCGACAGCCCCCAGGACUGGAGCUCUGGGAAGGGUCUGGGCAGCGGCCUGGACAGCCGCAGGUCCCAGAACAAGCCGGGCCUGCUACAGCUCAGCUACAUCCAAGACCAGCUGGCCACCCCGGAGGGGAGGGAGGGGAAGGAGGAGGACCAGAGUCAGACGUCGUCGCUCAGCAAUGGACAAAACCCCACACUCUACUCUCCCCCAAAGACAGAGAAUGAGCUGCGUGUGCGGUUCCACAAGCAGCAGGAUGAGAUCCGUCGUCUGCGGGAGCAGCUGAACCAAAGAGACGUCCGCAUCAGACAGCUGGAGCUGGAGAUCAACAACGUCAGGAAUGCCCACGGAGACCUCUGAGCCCCCCUCCAGCCCUCCUGCCCCCUCCAGCCCUCCUGCCCCCUCCUGGGCUCUGCUCUGACCCAGGUCCCCCUCCAGCCCUCCUGCCCCCUCCUGGGCUCUGCUCUGACCCAGGUCCCCCUCCAGCCCUCCUGCCCCCUCCUGGGCUCUGCUCUGACCCAGGUCCCCCUCCAGCCCUCCUGCCCCCUCCUGGGCUCUGCUCUGACCCAGGUCCCCCAGGUUUCCUAGCCUGAUUAUUUUCUGUCUCUUGGAACACUUCUUUUUCCCUCACUUUUUUGGUUGAGGGGUUUGACUGCAGUGGACACAUCUCUGGUCUGGGACUGUGUUUGUGUGUGUCCUCUCUGGACUAAGGUGUGUGUGUGUGUGUGUCCUCUCUGGACUAAGGUGUGUGUGUGUGUGUCCUCUCUGGACUAAGGUGUGUGUGUGUGUGUCCUCUCUGGACUGAGUUGUGUGUGUGUCCUCGUAUGCUAUGAUCUCACCCAGACCAAAAAUGAACUCUGUUUAUGUCCUGUACAUGCAAUACACACCCUAGCUCACAGUAACCCAUACACUAGCUAUAUAUUGAUCAUCAUUCCGUCAUUGUCCAAUGAAACGGCACCACUCAACAUGACCCUCCCACACCACAAAAUGUGUUCUUCGUUCUGCUCCAGAGCUAUGCAAGUUUUUUGGGGGGUUUUUACGCAAGAAAAAAAGAAAAUGCUUUAAUGUGCCUACCUUAAAAUGAACAAUGUGUGUCUCUGUCAUUCUGAUCGUUGGAUUGGAUGACAACAGACCUCACUUAUGAUUGUAAGAUACACUGAAUUUAUUUUUUACCUUUUAAUGAAUUUCUUAUUUUUUUGGCAUUUUUAAAUACUAUACUGUGUGUGGAUGCUGGUAUUGUGUAUGUCGCAUGAGAGAAGUUUGUGAAAGGAGGAGCGGUAGAGAGAACCAUGUUUAGGUAGAGAGAGAGUAUUGAGACACAGAUUUUUUUCUAUUGCUAUGAAUAUCAUUAUGACAGUUAAACUAGUGAGAUGUCAAUCAGCCGAGAGAACAAUCGUUGCCUGGGAACAGCCGGCUGCUGUCGACACCUGCAGCCAUGGUGGUGCUUCUUUUAAUGUUUUAAUUCAGUUGUAUUUUUUCUGUUUUUAACGUGCAAACAAAACAAUAUCAGCCAUAUGAAUGAAAGUGUGAUGAAGUCGCAGCAGAGGCAAAGAACGAGUGCGGGGGGGAUUCCCCAGAAUGCAUUGCACACAGGUGACGUGAUUGGCUCAAAGGGAUGUACCACACAGCCAACCAGGAAGUUCAUAGUUCUGUUUCAGAUAUAUCCCAUAAUAACCGACUUCACCUGUUGAACUGUCACUCGCAAGGCAGGAUCCCUCUUCUUAAAGGUAACGCUGUAAUCACAACACUGUACCCAAACAUACCAAGGAGCUAGGAACAUAGGUUUAUUAGUUAUUAAAUAAGAAAGGAGGUGGUAUUGUUUUCACAAGGGUGACUUCUGGCCCACUUAACCCUUGUGUUAUCUUCGGGUCAUUCUGACCCAUCAGUCAUUGUGACCCACCGUCGUAUUGCGACAGAUUUACCGCAUACAAAGACAAAGUGAAGCAUUUUCUUUUAACAGCUAGGCUGUCUCAGACCCCCCACAUUGCAAAGGUUAAAAGAAAAUUAUUUUAAUUUGUUUUUGCAUUGGGUAAAAUUGGGUAAACACAACGAUGGUUCGUUAUGAACCUUUGGGUCAUGUGACCCGAAGGCAGCACAAGGGUUAAAACAUAUACAGAUUCAAUAGAACAACCAAACUGCUGUUCGUGUCACAUCCUGUCUGUGCAGGAAACUGGGACUGUCAUUUGUUUUUAGGGGUGGGGGGAAAAAUCGAUUCGCAUUGAAUUACGAUUCAAUCUUCUAGCGAUUCAUAUCGAUUCACAAAUUUCUAAAAUCGAUUUUAAAAAAUUACAAUGAGUUUACUAAACUGUAAGACAAUACAUUUAAAGGUUUUGAUGCAUUGAGAUUUUUUUCUUCAACACUUAACUGACUAUAACAGUCAAAUAGAAACAAGUAACACUAAACAGCAAACUGGAAUCAAAUGUAAGCAUAUAUUGAAUCGAAAUUUGAUUAAAAAUCAAUGAAUCGAUUUUUGAUCGAAUCGUGACCCCAAGAAUCAAAUCGAAUUGUGAGGUACCAAAAGUUUCCCACCCCUAUUUGUUUUACUUUAAAAUAUCUUGUUUUUUAGUAACGCAGGAUAAUGUCGAUGCUUAAGAGUUUUGUCACAAUUAGGAAAGGAUAUAGGAGUAUAAUUGAAAGUUUCAAAAGCCAUCGUGUAUAUAUUUAUCUAUACUGUUAAAUGACUUUACAGGGAAUACAAUACAUUUUGUCACUUUAUGAAAUUCUAAAGUAAGAGUAAAGAAACUAUGAAAGGGAAUUUGUUUUAACGAUGCUUUCCUAAUCUUUGCACUAGUCUGAUCUUAACCAUAGCUUUUAUGCGGUCGCUUGUGAAACUGUUGUUGUAAGACUGGUUGAUAGACAACUGGAGGUUGUCUCUGGACUGAGCUUAGCUUUGGACGCUGUUUGGCGCGUAAAUAUGGACAUUCGACAGAACCUUAAUGACCAUCGCUGCACACAUGAUACUCAAAGAUCACUGUGAUCCAGGCUGGCUUACUCUUCAGAAUGGUUCUGGACACGGCCCGACAGACCGUCUGUAACACGUCGUGAACACGGCCCGACAGAGCGUCUGUAACACGCCGUGGACACGGCCCGACAGACCGUCCGUAACAGGCCGUGGACGCUCUAGACGGUGUCUCGGUUCUGCUCUGAUUAAACAACCAUGCACACGUCCGUUAACCUGAAUGACACCUUUCCAAGCUAUAGCUAAUGCUCUCGUUUGUUUUCAGUGAUUUCUGUGGAGAAGGAGAGCGUGUUCAGUGUUGGAGUGCAGCCCUGUGGUUUACUCAUUGACUGGGACCUCUAAACAGGACCAAAGGUCUGAGGUAGAACAAACGCUAACUGGACUGGCUAACCCUAACCCCUAACCUUGGCUCAACACGUCCAGCGCCCUCACCUCACCGCGUUCUCAGGGCAGAGCUUGUCUGUGUUGUGGUCACAUGUGCAGGUGGUCCGUUUGUGCGAGUCAUGAACUUUAUAUGACCCAGCCGUAGCUUCUGAACUAGUUUAGCAUUGCCAUCUUAGCGACACCUUAACUGGCAGCUUACUGUCUAGAAUACUACACCGUUCAUCACCUGUGGUGCUGUGCAAGGGGUCUUCUUAACCCCCACAUUUGUAUGUUUUUUUUUCUCCAUUGACUAAUGACAUGGACAAGUUCCAACACACAGACAAGCCAAGACCAAAUGACAAACGGAAUGCAUCCGAUCCGGAACAUUCUGUAGUUCUUGAGAACUAGAAAUUCCGGAACGGUACCUAUUUCACUCUAGAAUGUCAGUAACUGGAUGUUCUCGGUUUCAAAUUUGCGAAAACAGGUAAUAUUUCAGCAGGAAGAGUUGUAGCUCGCGUGAGGUCAUAAUGCUGCUUUUAAUAGUGAUUUUCCCUCUUUGGUAAAUACGGUAUCUGCUGGGCAAUAUGACCAGAUCAGACUUAUUGUGCCUCAGAAUUCUUGCUAGUUUGGUUUUCUGGAUUGAUUAUUGUGAUGUCUUAAAAAAGACAUGAAGGCUACACACAACUAGAGUUCUUUUUUUUGUUUUAAGUAUGAAUGUAUGACUUGUUUACUUUUGUUUUCUUUCUGUGAGAUAACCCUGUGCAUAUUAAACAAAUAAAAAAAACAUGUAAAACGUU